AUGAUUGGUAUCCAUCUAGCCUCUGCGUUUGGUCUCUACCAGAUCGUGGAAUGCCUUCUUGCUUCGGGAACUUGUUACUUGGAGUCGCAAACGGAGGGAGACUGGACGGCUCUGCACUGGGCAGCUCGACGGGGCCAUGAAAAAGUGGUGUCUACAAUCCUACAGAGUACCAGAUCAAACGGAGGAAUCUCCAAGGCGCUCACCGGAAUGACGACAAAGCUUGACGAAUGGACCCCACUUCAUCUUGCGGCCAAGGAAGGGCAUUUGCCCGUUGUUGAGAUUCUGUCCGAAGACAGGAGUGUCAAUAUCAACGCUGUCGAUGCGCAGGGCAGAACACCUUUGUUUCUGGCAUGCAGAGAUACCCAUGUUCUGGUUGUGCGCUUCUUGCUACGCAAGGGAGCGAAUCCGAAUUUGCAGGAUGUCUACGGUAUGACUGCGCUUCAUUGCGCUACCAAGACGGGAGACCUGGAACUAUCAGGAUGGACGCCACUGCAUCUGGCAGCACAAGACAGUAAUGAAGGGGCAUUUAAGGUCCUGCUGCGCCAUGGUGCAAAUCCAGAAUUAGAGGAUAUUCAUGGAUUAACCCCGCACGAUUAUAGGAUAAGAUCUACAGGUAAGCCUGGUGUAUAG